AUGAGCAGGGUCCCGUUGUAUCAAGAGUUGAGAUUGAUUGAAAGAAACGAGUCGGAAGUAAACGGAGCCUGGAAGGGUGCUCACGUGCUCCUCUUUUUCCUGGCGUUCGUGUUCGGUUCUUUCUGCACGUUUUGUUUUCAUAUGCUAAUGUACCUCUUUGAUGAGAAAUGCGUGUUGUUUCCGAAGCUCCUGUCCCUGCCUUCGAUUAAGCAUAACGUUAUCUACGAGUUUGUACCUUCCACCAAUGACCUUGGAAUCUUACCUAUAGACCUGCUAAGUCCUCAAUGGGUUGAGAAGAGCACCUGUUCGCUCCCCACCUUUGUCCCGCUGGUGUCGGGAAUCUGUGGCCUCAUAUGGACCACCCUAUUCCUUAUGUGCUCAACUGGGAGAAGACUUACCGGUUUGCAGAGACCUUGGCGCGUAAUACCUCCGAUGUUUGUGUUCUCACUGGUGAUGAGCUGUGUAUGCAUAUACUCUUCAGUUGUCACACAUUACGGGUUACACGAACUCUGUACGAAGCUGGGAGAAAUUACAGGCAGCCCCACCUGUUCCUACACUAUAAACGUGGCUACCCUCCUAUACGAGCGACGUAUCCGCGGCGUGUACCAAGCGACGCGGCUGACGAUCCUCUCGGCCUGGCUGCACACAGCAUGCUGGCUGCUAUCGGCUGUACUGGCUUUGGUUCGAGUGCUGCUAGCCGUGGACUUCAAGCUGGUCCGCGUUUCGGCACAGCUCCAUGGGGAUAUCGAUAAUAUAUUGCAGCGACACGAAGUUCAAAUUAGAACCAUAUCGCCCGAAACCUUAGUUAAUGAAGAAAACGAACGUACUCGUGUCUCAUCCAAUGACUUCAUUUUCCUGGCAAAGCAUGAAGUUACCAUGUCUGAUCAGUCGCUUGUGCCCGACAAAAGGUAUGAAACCGUGGACGAAGACACAGCAUUUAUCGUUAAAAUGCUGUACGAUUUAUUGAAAACCUUGCCUUUAACUGAUCUCUCUAUCUUACGACCCACUUCUAUGGCUCCAUUCUCAGAGCCUAACCUUAUGGCAUCGGAUAUAUUCAGGCAGUACGGGACAGAAGUAUUGAAAUCUCGAGUCAACACCAGUGAAUUGCAGUCAGGGUCUAAAACAAGUGAACCGGUUCUUGAAGAUGACGAUGUCAAAGAAGUAGUAGAGAGGAUUGACAGCCUCAUUUUAAGUCAACAUGACAAAGUAAAGAAAUCUAGAGAAGGAAUUUCUUUUAGAAAUGAGUCGCCCCGGGCUUCGACGUCUAGACGGUCUCGAAUUGGGGACGAAUCCGUUAUGAAUAUUACUCCAGAAAUGAGACGUGUUUUAGAUACUGCUGAGGAUGUGAAAUUAAAAAAUCAAGCUCGUUUAUCGAGUUUGAGGACUAUCUCAGUACAGACGGAAGACAAGGGCAGGACUCGACCAAGAGUACAAAUAUCUCAAAUGAAUGUGACGAUGAGAGAAAGUGAUUCGUCUGACACGGGUGCUGAAGAUCAGAGGUCUGCAGAAUCUCUUAAGAAAGAGGUUGAUAAAGAUACACAAACUCGUGAAAAAGAAAAACAGGAUUAAGUUUUCCGUGUAU